CUAAGACAAGUCCAGCCCACAAGCCUUCCAAGCAACACAAGCCCACAAGCUGCAAGGAGAGCUAAAGCCACCUGACGCAGCUGAAGUGUUCUGUUCUUCAAGCUGACAGACUGGAGGCUAAGUAACAUGAUAAGCAGAUUUUUCACUUGUGUGCUGGCUUUAUUGCAUUUCUGCCUUUCUUCUGGCUUCUAUCAACCGGAGACGUUGCCUGAUAUUGGAGAUGCAGAGUUUAUUGAGGAAUGUGUGAGAACGCACAACAGAUUCCGGUCUGGAGUGAGCCCCCCAGCCAGCAACAUGUUGUACAUGAGUUGGGAUCCAGACUUGGCAAAGACUGCAAGAGGUUGGGCAAAGAGAUGCGAGUUUAAACAUAACAUAUACCUCCAAGAGCCAGGGCAGGCUCACCCCAGAUUUACCCCUGUUGGAGAAAAUCUCUGGACUGGCUCACUUUCAAUUUUUUCGGUGCAGGGAGCCAUCACCUCUUGGUACAAAGAGGUCGGAGACUACACAUACGCCAGCAAUAGAUGUAGCAGAGUAUGUGGCCAUUACACACAGGUUGUUUGGGCUCAAAGCUACAAGGUUGGCUGUGCUGUCCACUUCUGUCCCACAGUGUCAUACUUCUCAGGAACCAAUGCAGCACACUUCGUCUGCAACUAUGGGCCAGCUGGGAAUUACAGACGGCACCCAUACGAGACAGGAGCAGCAUGCAGCAAAUGCAAUGGCGAGCAGUGCACUGACAAUCUGUGUCGAAACACCGAGCGUGACAAAGUCAUUAGUGAUUCCAGGUGGUACCCAGCUUGGGACAGACCUGCCUGUGAUGAGUACUGCAUCUCUGUGGUUGUUUUAAGGCUGCUACUUCUUAUUCUGACUAUUGUAGCCACUUGGAUCCUACCCAAAUACUGGUCCAUAGCACCUGCCACCAAGUAAUGCACAGGAGGCUGUGGCAGCACUGAGGUUGAUUCGUCCCCUCCCUGUGCUUAAGCUACUGGCAGCACUGAGAUGGAUGGAGUUGUCGUUUGCAUCCACAAAUCAUUCUGACAUAUAGAAAUACCAUCCCCAUUUCAUGGAGGAGCUGGCAGAGCUGAUAAGGAGCCUUCUCAUUGUUCAGAAUCAGUAGCUGGUUUUAAAUUAUCUGCUUAUUUUUCCAAAGUGGAACACUGUGGCAGAGAUGGGUAUGCCACCCACACUUCCCAGGGAGGGAGUGGGGUGUCUGCAGCCCAGCAGAGUAGACUCCUCUAUGCCUAUUGAGCUCUCUCCACACAUACUCCUCCAGUGAGACGCAGCAGCAUGGUUUUGGGCAGCCUGGAGAGAUUUUCUUUUAUCAUUUAUAGCUUUUUUUUUUUACCUCAUAAUUUUUGGGCACAGGUGAGUUCCAGCAUGGGCAUCCCACAGCAGGCAGUGCGUUUCCCCGUUUCACAGUGCACAGGGACCACUGGCAUUUCUCUUUGCUUAGAAUCUGUUUUCAAACACGUCAUCUCUGCCAAGACACAGAGCUUCACCCGUGUUUAAAUGUGACUCUGCACCACCUUAAACUCCUAUUUAUUUAUUUUUUUUUCUUUUUCUGAGCAUGAGGUUUUUGACUUCUGCUUCAAACAAUAAACCACUAUUUCCUGCCUCCUCCCAUGCAUGGCGAUCAUGUAUCUGCAACCUGAUCUGAAGGUCUACUGGUGCACAAACCCAAAACAAAUGCAUUCAGUUCCAGCCUGCACAAUGCCGAGAAACAUGAUGCUGGGAAACACAGUACAGUGGUCUAAAUAAAAUCAUGCUGUGCCCAAAAUCGCGCCCUGGGCUCAGAGGCUGCCAAGCUCCAGUCUCCAUGAGGCUGUGCCCCCAGAGCAGGCAGGGUUCAGCCAGGCCCCUUCGAUACAUCACACCAUUCUGCUGGGUGCUUCUAUGCAGGAAUCCGGGGAGUCCCCCAGCUGCUUCCUUUCUGUGGUGCUGUCUUUGCUCAUUUCUGUCAGUGUUGCUGCACAGGUCCUGCUCUGAUGCCACUGCUGGAGUCAGUCUCACCUGGAAGUACUGCAACUGCAACCCAGUUUCUGACAUUAUUCUUCCAUGCAGUUAGCUGCUAGUACUUGAAUCAUCUCAGCAUCACAGCAUGUCCUGAAUAAAAUCAUUUUCCAAAAUGUAAAUGCGGUCAGGGACAGAAUUCCUAAUUCUCUUCCUUGUCCUUCACUUAUAUUUACACUUUCUUUGUGCCAGAGCCUCUUUUCUGCCAACCAGUGACCAGUGUCACAGCACCUGUUCUGGCCAACAUAGACAUAAUUUUGUUAAAUAAAUAAAUAAAUAAAUAAAUAAAUAAAUCCUCACUAAAUAUUCAAA